AUGAGCUGCAGCUUCCGCCCGCCGAUCCCCGGACUCUGUCCGGCCGCCUCCUCUUCCCUGGGAAGGAGGCUGCGCGAGGCGCGUUGGCCCAGGUCCCUCGACCUGCCACCCAGAGUAGACGCUGCCACAGCCGCCCACCGGCUACAAGGCGUGGGCCGUGGACCACCCCGUGAUGGGGCAGAAACUGGAGCUGUUGGACCUUCCGGGACUUUCCGGUGCUGGUGCGAUGGCGACCGAGGCUUUGCGGCCCGGACAGUGAAGCUGUGGCUGCAGGCUGUCUUCACAGCCAGGCUGAGCGUGACUUCUGUGGGAACCGGAAAUCGUGAAGCGCCCUGUGUGAAGCCUGCGGCGGGGGCCAGUGCGUGUCUAGGUCUAGCAGGACAAAGAGGACAUUCGUGCUUCCGCCUAGAUGGAACAAGCCUGGACGUGGAGCAACGCAUCAUUUACAGCAAGUGCGCACCCACCUGUGCUGCCACAGACCUCAGCCUCUGGCGGUCACCGUGCGGUGCCAGCCCCGUGCUGGACACUCUGGUUCAGGGGCUCUGGCCGGGCCCUGUGAGGGCACCUCACCAUGAGCCUCGUGGGCAAUUCUGCACUCCUAUAGUGAGGGGACAGCCUGGCGGGUCGCAGCAGAGUGAGCACUCCCGUCGUGGUGAGUUUGGGGCAUGCUCGCUUACAGGAGAGGCGCGGGAAGAGGUGAAGGGCAGCACCUGGCCCCUGUGGCUUAGAACUCGGCGUCCCACGGUCUGCAGUGCCCAGCUAGAGGUUUGGGAGCCAUCCAGGCGGCGGCUGCGAAGGGCUCUGGGGCCCGGCUCAGGCUCUGCAGGAACGGAGGCCAUGACUGAUUGGCGGUGUCUGCUCUGGGCAAGGGAGGGAGGGGGCCUUCUGGAGCACAGGGAGCGCCGUGGGGCCAGGAGAGGCCAAUGUGGGGCUGGACACAGCGAUGAAGGCCAUAAAGGCCGGGCCCUUGCUGCCUAUCUGACACCAACAGGGUGGCAAGUCAUGGUGGCUGCCACCUCUGGUUGGCUCACAGUGGCCGCCUGAGCAAGAAAAUUCAGACCCAUGGGAAGAAGACCGUGCUUCAGCCCCUGAGGUCUGCCCCAGGCCCGAUCACAGGAGCAGGCGGCCUGGCUCCCCGUCUCCUGAGCCUGCCGGGUGCCCAGGGUUCCCUCCUAGCACAGCAGCCCAAGGACAGGGGGUGAAAUGUUCUGGAGGCCCGUGGGGGCCAAGGCCCCCGGAGGCAGAUCUUUGUAGAGGAAGGCUACAGAUGGCCCAGGGCCCGGCCUCCCUACCUUGGCGUGCAGGCCACUGAGGGCCCGGGAGGGGCCCAGGACACCAGGGCACU